AAGCGGAAGGAAGGAGCGACUUACGGCGAAAUAAAGCGGUAGAAGAUAAACGCGGGGAGCUGAUGACAUGCCGUAUUUAAACAUAGACGUAAUCAUAGCUACGUCUUUAUAUAGACAUUAAUGUCGAUAUGAAACUAUACGGAAUGUUCCGUUGAAGUCGAGGAAAUAGAAGAAUAACUUGGCUCGUGACGUGCGUUGUAUUAUAGUGACACUUCAGACGGCAGCUGCACGUGCUCGUUAUCUCUUCAUAAAGGACCUAUAAAUCCAUAAAACAUCGUCGACAUCUUCUGUUUAUUCCUGUUUCCUCUUUUACCUCGACGUUUUCUGGUGGCCAGAUGGAGAAACAGCCCUUGCCUACUGAUAAUGACAGGACGGGGACCACUGACAUGGAGCCCAAUGGUUAUGCCGUUGAGGAAAAUCAACAAGACUCCUCUGAGCCUCCUGCCCGAGCAGGAUGGAACAGUAAACUAGAGUACUUUUUGGCACAAGUAGGAUUCAGUGUUGGACUCGGCAACGUCUGGAGGUUUCCCUAUUUGUGCCAUCAGAAUGGAGGAGGUGCCUUUCUCCUCCUGUACGUGCUGCUAAUGCUGGUUGUGGGUAUUCCUCUGUUCUUCCUGGAGCUGGCGGCUGGUCAGGCCAUUCGACAGGGUAGCAUUGGGGUGUGGAAGUACAUCUCCCCAAGGCUAGCAGGGAUUGGCUACUCCAGCUGUGUGGUAUGUUUCUUUGUGGCUCUUUACUACAAUGUAAUCCUGGCAUGGAGUCUGUUCUACCUUGGGAACUCGUUUCAGCAACCUUUACCUUGGGAAGAGUGUCCACAAGAAGGAAAUGUAACUGAAUGUGAAAAGAGCUCCCCCACGUCAUAUUUCUGGUACCGUGAAGCUCUGGAUAUCACAGACUCAAUUGAUGAGACGGGCUCGUUUAAUCCUUACAUUGUCUGCUGUCUGCUGGCCGCCUGGACCAUUGUGUGCCUGGGAAUGUUUAAGGGGAUCAAAUCUUCUGUGAAGGUGAUGUAUUUCUCCUCCAUCUUCCCGUACAUAGUCUUGUUCUGCUUCCUCAUCCGAGGACUCAUGCUGGAUGGGGCCAUGGAAGGAAUCACAUACAUGUUCUACCCAAAGCUCGAAAUCUGGAAAGACAUACAGGUUUGGCGGCAGGCUGCCACGCAGGUCUUCUUUGCUCUGGGCCUUGGUUUUGGCUCCAUAAUUGCCUACUCAUCCUACAAUCCCAAAAACAAUAACUGCCACCGUGACGCUUACACUGUCUCCUUCAUAAACUUCCUUACGUCUGUUCUUGCCACACUGGUCGUGUUUGCUGUGCUCGGCUUCCGUGCCAAAAACAAAGUCAUGGAAUGUAUUGUCAGUAAUUUGAACCAGUUAUCGGAGCAGUUUAACAGCGGUUAUGUUGAGAAAAGCCUGAUGCCAGUCUUCAACAUCUCUGACCCGAAGUCUGUGAACACACAACACUACUCAUCCUGGUUUCAACAGCACGGAAGCAAAAUACCAGGCAACCUAACAGCCUGCAGCCUGGAGACAGAGAUGCAGAAGGGUGUGGAGGGCACAGGCUUGGCCUUUAUUGCGUUUACAGAGGCCAUGACUCUUCUGCCCGGCAGCCCUUUCUGGUCAGCGCUCUUUUUCCUGAUGCUGCUCAACUUGGGCCUCAGUACCAUGUUUGGCACUAUGGAGGGUAUCCUGGCCCCCCUAAAGGACCGCUUCAAAACUCUGGCCAACAACAAGACCAAACUCACCGUGUUCAGCUGCAUCAUUGGCUUUGUGAUCGGGUUACUCUUCACCCAGCGCUGUGGGAACUACUUUGUGACAAUGUUUGAUGAUUACUCUGCCACUCUACCCCUCAUCAUCGUGGUGGUUUUUGAGACGUUCAGUGUGUCGUGGCUCUAUGGAGCUGAUAGGUUCCUUGACGACAUUCAGGGAAUGCUGGGAUGGCGUCCACAUGUCAUUUACAAAUACCUCUGGAAAUACAUUUGCCUACUUGCUAUGCUGGGGCUGCUGUUAGCCACCAUUAUCCGCAUGGGUAUUAAACCCCCCACUUAUAAGGCGUGGAACCAAGAGAAGGCCUCUGAGGAGGACCUGGAGUACCCCGGCUGGGCUCUGGCUGUCCUGGCUUUACUCAUCAUAUUUGCCAUGAUGCCCGUCCCACUGGGCUUCAUCCACACUGUUCUACAGGACAGGACAAAACCACCAACCAGAGAUGCAGAGAACGGCCAGUACAGCAUCGUCAGCACCGAUGAUAAGUGUGAAACCCCCCUCACAGAACUGUCUGAGCUGGACCAAAUGAACGGGACCGCUGCUUUGUUUUCUUGAACACUGGACCUGUGACGUGAAACAUUGGUAUAUGGACCUGAACUACAAUCACAAGUCCAGCAGCCUUUUAAGCAACAUUUGAGUUUAUUUAAAUAUUUAUGAAAACAUUUCCACUUUUGUCAAAAUGUAUCCAGAGGAUACUCAUUUUCUUAAAACUGCCACUGCUCCAACAAGAACAUAUUUUAAGUGACAUUUUUAAUAUAAUAUGAGAAAAUAGAACAAACAUUUUAUGUUUAUAUGACUUAAAUCAUUUAGGGGUUGUCCCAGUGAGCAAAAACUUUUUUUUUUUUUUUUUUUUUUUUUUUUUUUAAGCCAUAGAUAUAAAUGAUGUUCCUGCAGUUAGGUGUGGUUCAGCAUUUUAACAAUAAAAGGGGCGUAAGUUCGACAGCUGCAGCCCAACAUCCUCCUGUCAACCAAAAACAAAGUGGACAUCACACAUCUAGAAAAUGAUUUGUGUUGCGUUCGUUUCAAUUAUAGUUUGAGUUCCAAGGAAGAAAUGGUGUCACUGCUACAUUUGUGUGUAAGACAGCGACACACACUUUGCACAUGGCGCAGAUGCGUGUGUAUUGUUUGAGUCAAGGUCUUUUGCUGUAUUUUCGUCUCUAAAGUACUGAUGUCAGCAGGUGAAGAAAAGAGAUGCUUAGAAAAUGACUUGCUGAGCUCAAAAGAACGUUUUUCACCAAGACUGUUACAACCAGGAGACGAGCUAAUGCGGUCGGACAGCUACAGUAUUUAUACUAUUGUCUCGUAUAAUCAUGUUUACAGAUUAAAAAACAUCCUGAAACGUGUGAUCAUAUGUGAGGGUGAAAGUUCCGUUCAUCAGUGUCAAAUCAUCAGACCUGAGACAGUGUAUUGAGUGUGUGGAAGUGUGUCAUGAGUCGGAUAAUCAUCAAAGUGCUCUAAGUGGCACCACGGUACAAAUACUGGAGAGAAACUUGUAAUGUAAGUAUGAAUAUAACACAAUGAACAAAUGUUAUGAGAAAUAUGUUGUUUUCUGUGGGAUUGUGUGUACUUUAUAAAUGGUAAAAGUCAUGUUUUUUAGGGUUUAGAAAGAAACCUGCUGCAUGUUUAAGGCAGAAUGAGUCGCACUAAGUACUGCUUUUCUACACAUUGAACUGCUGUUAUGAGAUAAUCUUUUACAUUUAUUCUAAAGUUUCUACAAUUUCUCUUGAAGCCACAUCAUGGUCAUGUGUAUGUUAUAUAUUUUCUGAAUAUAGAUGUUCAUUUUUACAUAGGAGAUUUAUUAAAAAGUGCCUUCACAGUGAGGCAGACUGAAUGAAACGUUAAUGCAUUCCAGUAUGUGUAUAGUUUUUGUUGUUAGUGUAUGUGGUGUGUAAACCUGUAUAAAAUGAAUUUUUGAGAAAAUGUAAUAUAAUGUCUUUGCUUUGUAAUAUAUUGUUGCCAUUUCUUAUUAAAGCUUUUCAGCAGUA